GUUGUUGUUGUUCCUCCCACUGCAGCGGAAAGGCUAGAACCAGUCCCUCGCUUCUUUAUGUCUAGCUAAUGCUACUCAUUAGCGGUGAAUAGGAGAGUUGUUAUUAUUUCCGUUGUGUACCUUCUAAAGCUUAUCUUGGAAAUCUGGACAUAAUUAACGCAAAAAAGGUAAAGAGAGAGAUGUCGUAUUACUCAUCUUCAUCAUCUCGCAGUUCCUCCAGAAACUUGGAGUGUAAGGUGUAUGUUGGUGAUCUGGGAGGAGGAGCUGCUAAAGGAGAAAUUGAAAGGGCUUUCGAGUACUAUGGCCCUUUGCGCAGCGUUUGGGUGGCCAGGAACCCUCCUGGCUUUGCUUUUGUGGAAUACGAAGACGCCCGGGACGCUGAGGACGCAGUGAAAGGAAUGGAUGGAAAGCUACUGGGUGGAUCUCGGAUUCGUGUUGAGCUGUCCACCGGUAUGUCUCGGAAGAGCCGAUAUGGCAGAGCCAGCCGCCGUCCAUUUGAUCCAAGUGAUAGAUGCUAUCAGUGUGGAGACAGGGGACACUAUGCUUAUGAUUGCUACCGUUUCAGCAAGCGGGGACGUCGAAGCAGAUCCCGGUCCCGAUCUCGCUCCAGGUCAAGGAGCCGCCGCAACCGUUCACGAUCUCGAAGCCGCAGCUAUAACCGGAGGUACCGUUCUCCAUCUUAUUCAAAACGCAGGAGCAGGUCUCGCACUCCAGCUCGUUCAAAAUCGAGGACUCCUGUGCGGAGUCGCUCUCGCUCUCGAUCUGGAUCUGCCUCACAUUCUCGCUCCAGAUCCAGGUCCCGCUCUCGCAGCCUUAAGAGGCGCAGCCAUUCCAGGUCCCCCAGCCCGAAAAAAAGCCCCACGUCCCCAGAUGAAGAUUGAGUGGAGAAGAACUAAACCCAAAUCACUUAUACACCUUUUUUGCUUUCUUUGCCCUGUUUUUCUUCACAUGAAUCUUAAAAAAAAAAAAAGUUAUAGAAUCUGUUCAGUUCUGCUUGUCUGAAUUUAUUCACUCUGUCUGUUUACCUUAAAAUGAUUGAAUAACAAAUGAUUGCCUUCCUUUAAUUAUAAAUUGACAUUUGUAUAUUUUUGCUUUCCAUAUUAAUCAAAAAGAAAUGUACUCAAAACGACUGUACUCAGUUUUCUCUUUUGUCUGUAAGUUUACACUGGAAUUGAACAAAAUUGAAUAAAGAGUUCUAGCAUGACAUGA